GCCCGCUCGCCCGUCCGCCCGCGGUCAUGGCCAUCCGGCCCGGCCUGUGGCCAGCGCUCUUGGGCAUAGUCCUUGCGUCCUGGCUCCGCGGCUCGGACGCCCAGCAGAGUGCCACGGUGGCCAACCCGGUGCCCGGCGCCAACCCGGAUCUGCUGCCCCACUUCCUGGUGGAGCCCGAGGACGUCUACAUCGUCAAAAACAAGCCAGUGCUGCUGGUGUGCAAGGCCACGCCCGCCACGCAGAUCUUCUUCAAAUGUAAUGGGGAGUGGGUGCGCCAGGUGGACCACGUGAUCGAGCGCAGCACUGACGCCAGUAGCGGGCUGCCGGCCAUGGAGGUGCGUAUCAACGUGUCCAGGCAGCAGGUGGAGAAGGUGUUUGGGCUGGAGGAGUACUGGUGCCAGUGCGUGGCGUGGAGCUCGUCGGGUACCACCAAGAGUCAGAAGGCCUACAUCCGCAUUGCCUAUUUGCGCAAGAACUUCGAACAGGAGCCGCUGGCCAGAGAAGUGUCCCUGGAGCAAGGCAUUGUGCUGGCCUGCCGGCCGCCGGAGGGCAUCCCCCCCGCUGAGGUGGAGUGGCUGCGGAAUGAAGACUUGGUGGAUCCCUCCCUGGACCCCAACGUGUACAUCACGCGCGAGCACAGCCUGGUGGUGCGACAGGCCCGCCUGGCAGACACAGCCAACUACACCUGUGUAGCCAAGAACAUCGUGGCCCGUCGCCGCAGCUCGUCGGCUGCUGUCAUCGUCUAUGUGAACGGUGGGUGGUCUACGUGGACGGAGUGGUCCGUCUGCAGUGCCAGCUGUGGGCGCGGCUGGCAGAAACGGAGCCGGAGCUGCACCAACCCGGCGCCUCUCAACGGGGGCGCCUUCUGUGAGGGGCAGAAUGUCCAGAAAACAGCCUGCGCCACGCUGUGCCCAGUGGACGGCAGCUGGAGCACGUGGAGCAAGUGGUCGGCCUGCGGGCUGGAUUGCACGCACUGGCGGAGUCGCGAGUGCUCGGACCCAGCGCCCCGCAAUGGCGGCGAGGAAUGUCGGGGUGCAGACCUGGAUACCCGCAAUUGUACCAGCGACCUCUGCGUGCACACUGCCUCCGGCCCCGAGGACGUGGCUCUCUAUGUGGGCCUGAUCGCCGUGGCCGUGUGCCUGCUGCUGCUACUGCUGGUUCUGGUCCUUGUUUACUGCCGGAAGAAGGAGGGGCUGGACUCAGACGUGGCCGACUCGUCCAUCCUCACUUCCGGCUUCCAGCCUGUCAGUAUCAAACCCAGCAAAGCAGACAAUCCUCAUCUGCUCACCAUCCAGCCAGACCUCAGCACCACCACUACUACCUACCAGGGAAGUCUGUGUUCCCGGCAAGACGGGCCUGGUACCAAAUUCCAGCUCACCAAUGGGCACCUGCUCAGCCCGCUGGGGACAGGCCGCCACACUCUGCACCUCAGCUCCCCAGCCUCGGAGGCGGAGGACUUGGUGUCUCGCCUGUCAGCUCAGAAUUUCUUCCGAUCCCUGCCUCGUGGCACCAGCAACAUGGCCUAUGGCACCUUCAACUUCCUCGGGGGCCGGCUGAUGAUUCCAAACACAGGCAUCAGCCUCCUCAUCCCCCCUGACGCCAUCCCCCGGGGGAAGAUCUACGAAGUUUACCUCACACUGCACAAGCCGGAGGACGUGAGGUUGCCCCUAGCCGGCUGUCAGACCCUGCUGAGCCCCAUCGUUAGCUGCGGGCCCCCCGGGGUGCUGCUCACAAGACCCGUCAUCCUCACCAUGGACCACUGUGGGGAGCCGGGCCCCGACAGCUGGAGUCUGCGCCUCAAAAAGCAGUCCUGUGAAGGCAGCUGGGAGGAUGUACUGCAUCUGGGUGAGGAGUCGCCCUCCCAUCUCUACUACUGCCAGCUGGACGCAGGCUCCUGCUACGUGUUCACGGAGCAGCUGGGCCGCUUCGCGCUGGUGGGUGAGGCCCUGAGCGUGGCCGCCUCCAAGCGCCUCAAGCUGCUCCUGUUCGCCCCGGUGGCCUGCACGUCCCUGGAGUACACCAUCCGCGUCUACUGCCUGCACGACACCCAUGAUGCCCUCAAGGAGGUGGUGCAGCUGGAGAAGCAGCUGGGAGGUCAGCUGAUCCAGGAGCCCCGCAUCCUGCACUUCAAGGACAGCUACCACAACCUGCGUCUCUCGGUGCACGACGUGCCCAGCUCCCUCUGGAAGAGCAAGCUUCUGGUCAGUUACCAGGAGAUUCCCUUCUACCACAUCUGGAAUGGCACGCAGCAGUACCUGCACUGCACUUUCGCCCUGGAGCGCGCCAGCCCCAGCACCAGCGACCUAGCCUGCAAGGUGUGGGUGUGGCAGGUGGAGGGCGAAGGGCAGAGCUUCAACAUUAACAUCAAUAUAACCAAGGACACGAGAUACACAGAGCUGCUGGCUCUGGAGAGUGAAGGGGGGGUCCCCGCCCUCGUGGGCCCCAGUGCCUUCAAGAUUCCCUUCCUCAUUCGGCAAAAGAUCAUUACCAGCCUCGACCCACCAUGUAGCCGGAGCGCCGACUGGCGGACUCUGGCGCAGAAACUGCACCUGGACAGCCAUCUCAGCUUCUUCGCCUCCAAGCCCAGCCCCACAGCCAUGAUCUUGAACUUGUGGGAGGCCCGACACUUCCCCAACGGCAACCUCAGCCAGCUGGCCGCCGCCGUGGCCGGUCUGGGCCAGCCCGACUCGGGCCUCUUCACCGUAUCGGAGGCCGAGUGCUGAGCCGGCCGGGUCACACCCACGCCGGCGCCUACACUUCACCAGCUUUGGCACCCACCAGGGACAGACAAGCCACCGGGGAUGGGGGCGAGAGGCCCCCCACCCCGGCCGAGCUGCGCGGACAGGACCCUCGGGAGGACGCGGUCCCGCCCCCACCUCGCCCACACUCACGACCUUCCUCGGCCUGGCCACCUCCUCUCCAGGAGGGUCCCGGGGCCAGCGUCGGAACCUUCUGUGUGUGUGUGUCUGCCUGUGCCAUGCUACCUCCCCUCUUGCCCCUGGCCAGGGGGCCACAUCCACGGCCAUGCACGCCCACGCGGGGCUAGGGAUGUGCCCUUCCCCCCACCGGGGGGGGCUCCCACGGAGCUGGAUCUUAUGCAAACAUUUUGGUGCCUGCGGGGAGGGGGGCCCCAGUGGAGAGAAGGCCACUUCCCAGGCUCCAGGACUGAGGGCCACAGACGGAUCAGGGGGCAGCCCCUGGGUUCAGGCACAUGACCACCACGGGGGGCACGUUCCCCUGCAUGUCUGUGUGCUCUUUACACCCAUGUCACCCCCAUCGCCCGGACCCCCCGGGACACACAGACACACGCAUCUCACGCUGGUCACCCGGCUGCCCCUCAACGUGUCUCACGCCUGGUGUGGUUCUCCAUUGGCCCUAUGCUGCCCGCUUCUCCCACCCACCCACCCAGGGGUCGCCGGCUCCCACCACUCCUUUCCCGUCCCCACCCUCCCCCGGCCCCCAGCUGCGUGGAGCUGCGCCCCCUAGGGGGCGUGUGAUUAUGCAACAGUGAGUCCCGGGGCUGACCAGGGCGAGUGUGCGUGCUGUGUCGUGCCCGUGGCCAGGGCAGCCGCUGCCCCUCCUCCCCCCGCUCGGGAGGGUGGGGGGGAACCUGGCGUGUGGAGGUGGCGCCCCGACUCAGUCUUUAAGUGCCCUUUGGCGCACUUACACUUGGCCUUAUGUUCACAGCCUUGCCGGCUGCCGGGGCGCGUAGGGAUUUUAGUGGACGUGAAUGUAAAUAAAUUAUAUAUAUAUAUUGCUAA